AUGAAACUACUAGAGGGUAUCCAGAGGAGAGUGAACAAGAUGAUGAAAGGCCUUGAGGGCAAGACUUACAAGGAGAGAAUGGCAAGUAACAUCCAUAAAUGGGAUGGGGCCAAGCUGACCACUGUCACCUGGUCCGUAGGUUUACAACUGGAAGACCAGCUGAAGUAUGCAGGCUCUGUGGCACCUCGUGGUGCGCAGGUGUUGGUUUUGAGUAAGAAAAAACAGUGUUCUCUACUGUUGCUUUCAUCUUUUACAGGCAAUUUUGAUGACUUCAGCUUAGAAGAUGCAUUAGGAACUACGAAGAAGCCUCUUCCAUCUCAGAAGCCACCACCAUCAGAUUUUGAUGACCGCAAGCCAGGUCCGCCAACAAAUCCUAAAGACACUGGCAACUUUGAUGAUUCAGAACUAUAUGAUAGCAGUUUACCAAAAGGAGGAGGUGAUGGUAGUGACAGCAAUGCUUCUCAGGGAGCAGUAGCUGGAAUUGUAAGUGCUGUGGUUGCUACUGUAAUUGGAGCAGUAUCUAGUUUUAUUGCUUACCAGAAGAAGAAACUCUGUUUCAAACAAAGCGAUGAAGAGAAUGUGAAUAUGGAAAGCCAUCGGGGAGCACAAUCUGAGCCACCUGUUCAGCGCACACUUCUGGAGAACUAAAUUAAAGAUAACAUGAUGAAGAACAGAUCAUUGAAACUGGAUAGAGAGCCUGCAUUCUGCCUGAAAAAAAAAAAAAAAAAAAA